CUAGUGAACCGCCCAUAAAUACCAUAUUUGGAACAGGUGUAACCAACCAUUCAGUGGUUUACUCAUCGGAUGUAAAGCAAGCAGAGAAAAAAUUGUAACAGCAUUCCGGUCCAUUUGUUGUGUUCUAGUGCGACAUAAACAUGGACGCCUUACGUCGUGCGAUGAAGAAGAGUCCCAACGUGUUGCGUGACGGCUUCGGGAAGUCUCGACACAAGAAGCUUGCUGAAGGUUACAAUGAGAACAAGGAAGCUGUAAAGGAUGGUCUGACAUUCUACAUGAAGUACCUUGGCUCCACACUGGUGGAGGAGGCUGAUGAUGGGGAAAGUUAUGGUGAUGGAGCCAGCACCAAGGCUGUGCAAAGCAUUGUCACAAUGGCUAAAGCAGUGGGUAAAAAACUGAAGAAGGUAGCCCUGACAGCAUCACCAAGCGGUAUUCAGGUGGUAGACAUGCUAUCUAAGGAGAUUCUCCAAGAAACAUCAAUAUACAGAAUAUCAUUUUGCUCUGCUGACAAAAACCAUGAUAAAGUUUUUGCAUAUAUGGCUAGAACAACAGUUAACGAAACAAUGGAAUGCCAUGCCUACCUGUGUCCAAAGAAGAAACUGGCAGAAGCAGUAACAUUAACAGUGUCAAAAGCCUUCGAACUUGCCCAUGAUCAGGAUUCAGAUUGGGGAAAUGAAAAAACAACCAAAACUACCAUGAAUGAACAAUCCAAGCAAAAUAGCACCUCCAGAAUCUGUGAUCCCAGUGUAAACCCAGCCAAUUCCAUGUCUACAUCAACUCACUCAACAGAUUCUUCAGAAAUUACUUUUCCAAAAUUAAAAAGUCCUGGCUCAAAAUCUGUUGAAUCUUCCAGCACUUCUGAAAGUGGUGAAUGGCAACAUUUUGAGGAGGAUGCUGCUGAUGAUAAACUUGAAGAUUUAGAUGAUGAUUUCUCAAGGCUGGCUGAGAACCGUGUUAAACCAGUGCCAUCGCUAGGAACAAACCUCUGUCAGGAUGAUCUUGAUGACAGCCUGACUCAGUAUUUUGACAGUAACCGGUGUUUAGAGGAAUUCUCCAGAACUAAAUCUAUGGAGGACCUCCUUUGCUUAUGAGGGUGUCUCACCCAUAUAGUAGUCAUCUUCAAAUUUAUAGAUCACCAGGAGCGCUCAGUAGAGGGUAAAGUUUGAUCUGCUCCAUAAGGAAGGUCGGCAAAAUCUUUAAAGUGCUAUAAUAGAUACAUUGUAAUCCUGCAGUGUUUGUUUUUUUACAAGAACUUGAAAUCUUCCACAGAUAAUCAUCCUUGGAUGUAGUUUUCUAACUGUUUAUUUAAAGAUGCCAUAUUUUUAUGGGAACAUGAUAUUGAGUUAUGUUGCUCGUCCUAGGAAUACCAAUACCAGUGCCACACCCAUUGUACCUGUAUGAAACUUACUGUGCAUCAGUGUAAAUGACUUCCUCAAGAUCCCUUACGAUUGAUCACCCUCAAGUGUCGCUAGAUUGAAUACAAAGGGCAUCAUUAUUUUGAAUAUGAGGCAACAUCACAAGGUUGAAUAUGAGGAGGCAUUACUUGGUUGAAUAUGAGAUGUCUGUGAAGUAGGUGCCAAUAUGUUUUCAUUGAUGUGCAGGUUGUAAUGUGAUUAUCUUUUUUUUAGAUUUUGUUUCUUUUCAUACAUGACAUCAAGAGAUGUGUUAAUUUUAUCAUCUUCCAUUUGAUAGAAGUAAUACUUGUAUACUUUGUGUUGACACAUCAUCACUCAGAGACCGACACACCUAUUAGGGAUGAUAUCACAGUUACAAAGGAAUUGGCAUUAUCACACAGAAUAAACCCUAGCUGAAUCAAUGUCAGUCAAAGGUUUCUUCCUAUACACAUCAGAUGUAAUCAGGGGAAAAUAAAAUUAUUUCCUGCUAGCUGUAUGACAGGAAUCAAUCGUAUUGCUCUGGUAUGUUAUAGUAUGACAUAGAAUGACAAUUCCUUGUACAGGGUUUAUAUUAUCAUAAGCAAGAGUGAAAAGUAAUUUGGAAUCAUCAAACACAUUAAGUUGACUGCUGAAUUUUGUUGUAUAACUAAUGUUUUUUUGGUGAUAUUAUUUUGUUUCGUGUUACAGUGACAGUGUAACUGUGUUGUUCCAUGGUGCUUGUUCUGUGUGCCGAGUGUGGACGUCGUUGUCACUUUUGUCUGUGAAACCAGCUGUUUACGACAUUUUAUAGAGAAAAUGUGAUUUUGGAAUUAUCUUUUUAGAAUCUCCGAUUUAUAGAAAAUGAAGUUGUAACUUGACAUAAUUGUUUCUGUAAGUUCAUGAAGAAAGAUCUAUUUUCUAUAGUGAUCUAAUCUCAUUCUACAAACCAUAGAUACUAUUAAACCCCAGUAGCUGGAUGUUAUAGAAUCUAUAGUUAUUAUACAUGUAUGUAUCUAAAUCCACUCUGACUCUGCUGUGAUGUCCACAUGAAAUGAAGGUAGUGCAGUCAUCUGUUUUUUAAGACAAAACCAUAGUAAAAGCCUGGGGAACACUUUCUACAGCCUGGGGUACACUUUCUACAGCCUGGGGUACACUUUCUAUGAGCCUGGGGUACACUUUCUACGAGUCUGGGGUACACUUUCUACGAGCCUGGGGUACACUUUCUACACUUUUAUCAUUAAAUUUAUUUUUGUUUAAUGAAAAGGUAAAACACUCUAUGGUAAAUAAUGUUUAUUGAACACUGAAUUGACAAAAGUCAAAGAAAAAAUCUACAAAUAUUGAUAUCUGUUUAGUGCCAGUGUCUUCUUAUACAGUAACAUGCGCAAAGGAAUCAACAGCAGUUCCAUAGUCUGACUUAAACUUUAGUUUUAAUUCCUACAAUGUAUUGGUAACGUAUAUUGUGAACAGUGACAUAAUCUAGAUAUAAUAACAUGUGUUUAAUCAUUAAUGAGUAAUUGUUUUACUUUUCAUUUUUAUUAUUCAAAUCUGACAAGAAGUGAGAUAAUGUCAUUAUUCUAGAUACUAUCAUUAUUCAUAUAAACAGUAUUAUCCUUCACUAGUCAAGAAAUACUCUGUGUAGGAUACUUGUAGAUAUUUUGUGUAACUUUCCUUGAGUAGGAUACAGAUGGAAAAAGAAGUACAAUAUUGAGUAGGUUGAUUACAAAAUGUUUGCAACUGUUUUUCUCACCGAGUUAGUCAGAUAUAACUGACUAUAUCUCCAUAAAGAAGUUUUGAUGGGGGCCGUCCAAUCAAAAUGUUUUAAAAAGAGAUAGUUAUUUUGUAUCUCUCAUUCAGUAGGAUACAUAUGAUUUUUUUUUUUUUUCUCUCCAAAAUGACAUUUUUUUCUACAAAAUAAAUAAAUCCAUAUUUAAUGAGAUUUUAUGGAAUGACAGAUAAGGUUUGAAAUCUAACCGCUGAUGCCAACUGUCUACUGUCAUAAUAACACUACUACCUGAACAUUACACAUCCUUACUCGUGUCUACAGGGCAUUGGGUAUUAUAUGUAGUGACUUAAAUAGAUCUCGGGUUACUGACAUCACUGUUUCACAUGUGACCUAUUCUGUCAGUUUUAAGGUUUAGAUGAGUUUUAUAAUGUUUUACAACCAUCAACUUUUGCCAGUAGAUUUUCAUAAGUAUCCUUUAGCUUUAAACAGUAUUUUGUAUAGAAAUUUCUCUCUUUUUUUGGAUUUUUUUUUUACAUUUGUAUACUUUAAAAGUGUAAUUUUUUGGAUUUUGAAAUGUUCUUGUGACUCUUCAAAACUAAUGCAGUGUAGAAAUUUAAUUCUCUCGGUGCAAAAACCAUGAGCAUUUCCACACUACAAAACUUCCCACUUUUACAGUACUUUAGUAGAGUUGGUCCCUUGAUUUUGAUCUCAUUUUAUUAAAAUGUUCUCAGAAAGUUAAUUUACCAAAAUUAUUUACAUUUGAAGACAGUACAUGUACUUUAUAAAGUACUUUAUAAAUUACCAUCAUUUGGAUCUUAUUUUUGAAGCACAAGAAUAUUCUCCUCGCAGUACUGAUCACCAGACUGAGAUGGGCUUGGACUUUCUCAUGGCCUAGGAUGUGGCUAUUAUAUUGAGGAUAACAUGCCGUCACAUACAUGUUUGAUAUGUAUAAUGUAUGAUAACACCCAUUGUUAUGCCUCAUUUCUCCAAUCACCCACAAUGCAUUGUUUUGUCGUUUUACAUUGUAUAGUUGUAUUAUUUGGAUGGUUAGGUAACAAAAAUGCACUUGCCUGUUACCAUGACAACUGAGGUUCAGAUACGAAAACAUACAACCCUGAUCUGUGUGGUGGAUGUGCUGCUUGAAAAGGUGUACAAUCCUAUCUGAAAAAUAUAGGAACAUUUUCAGCCUUGACCUUUGGCAGCAAGAUGAGUGUCCAUAAACCUUCCGCUUCAAAUUCCAUUUAUUUUUUAUUUUUCACAGCAUUUACCAUUUAGUUUUUGUCAUCAAUACAAGUAGUAUACAUGUAUCUGGUUGUAUUGAGGGAUACCUAAGUCCUUGUACAUGACCAGUAUGUAAAAUACUCGCUGAUCAGUUUUUGAGCUGUGAAAAUUAUUUUGUGGAGAUGUGUAUCAGGUAUAUAUGUUAUGUUUAUGUUCGUAUUUAUCAAGUAGCAUUAAUUAAGAUUUGUGUCCUUACAUUUCGUUGAUCACGAUUUUGCAGAUAGUUUUGGAGAGAUGGAUGGGUAAGGGAUAUGGGAGUGGAGAAUAUAAUUACUGAAUCUGAAAUCAAUAACAUGUAGUUGUAUAUUGUGUAUACAAUGUACAGGAUUAAAAUAUUUAACUGCAGUGUAAGUAACAAGUACGUAAUGUUACAAUAUCAUUGUUUUAUAUUUAAGAUUUUACAAAACGCUGUCUAAAUGAUAUUUAAGAGUAUCUUGGAAUUAUGAUAAGGGUUUUGUGAGAUGUUAAUGGCAGAUUGAUCACAGAUAGAAUCACAUAUUUAUUGUUAAUAUAUUGUUACCCCUAGUCCAUUGUAUGUGUGUAUAUGGAGAUCCGGUGUUAAUUGUAAAUUUUUAACUGUGUGAAAUAAAAAUGCUGAAUGUUACUCAAUAUAACAGACAUAUUUGCAGAUUUAUUCACAUAUUGAGAAUAUUUCUUGAUGCAUCAUCAACAGGUCUAUCUCAUAGCUGUAGAAAAAAACCUCUUCAUUUAUUCAGACUCCUACAUUUCAACACAUUUUCAAAAUUGAUACAAUACUAUGCUUGUGAUUAUCUUGUUUACAUUUACCUCUGAUUUAAAGUAAAGUUAAAUAGAACAGCUAAUGUCUGUUGCAUCUUUCUCAUGGACCAUUUUUUUUGCGAUUCCUCAAUGACUGUUCAGCAGUGUGACAGGUUAUACCCUAGUAGUUCUACACUCACCAAGUCAUCCUGGGAUAACAGUCAGAUCUUAAAAGAAAUGGAAAUAAAAAAAUCAUCCACAUGAAACUGCAUGUUGUUGAAAUAUACAAUAUUAAAUAAUUUGCCAAGAGAGAUGAAAUUUGGAGAAGAUUUUUGUAUAAGUAGAUAAGAUAAAAUAAGAUUUUAAAAUUCUAUUUGAAUUAGAGUGGAGUUUCCCUAGAACAUCCCGACAAGGGUGGUAAAAUGAGACAGGACUUCUGAAGAGUAUUCAGAGAAGUAAUUGCCAAAUAAAGUUCAUGAGAAAGUGAUAAUGAUAGUAGUGAAUGUGCUGCUCUGCUAUAUACAGGUAGGGUGUAUAACUAUAGAAGAGCAUGUCUGUGGUAUACUGUGGUAUACCGUAGGAAAUGUAUACUGUGGUAUACAGCGGUAUACUGUGGUAUACUAUGGUAUGCUGUGGUAAAUGUAUACUGUUCUAUACUGCGGUAUAUUGUUGUUUACUGCAGUAUAUUGUGGUAUACUGUGGUAUACUGAGGUAUACUAAUAUAUAAACUGUGGUAAACUGCGUUAUACAUGUAUUGCUGAAUGUGACCCAAACUAAUUUGGUUAAAUGUGGAUUGGAUCAUUCUCAUAGGCCGUAUACAUCUGUGGUAAAACAUUUUGUUCAUGUUUAUUACCUCAUCACUUCCAAAAGUGGUCUGUAUGAACUGGUGUAUGUCUGUUAUUGUGCCUGAUGGCUUCAAUUAUUGCUAACUUACUGUACAUGAAGUCAACUUCAAGUUUGAAACUCUCAGCUGUUGCAGUAUUGCUUGAAUGUCUUGUUAUUGUAUGGAAGUAUUGACAGUCUUGACAUUGUUUUGAAAAUGAAUGCAUAUUGAACUGUUGGAUAUCAUUUUGGUGGUAAAUGCAUAAAAGCUUUUUCUCAUACUAUAAUUAAUGUAGGAAUAUUUUUAAUCUUUCAUGAUCAGUUUCCUUUUAUAAUGUGCAGAUGGUUGAUAAAAUGCUCAAUUUCUAAUUGACUAUGCACACGUGUCAAUAUCUUGUUUCACAGGUAUUGGACAUAUAUACAUGUUUUAUGUGUCCAGCACCUGUGCUGUAUCUGUGGUAAUAUAGAAGAGGAUUUAUCUCUAUAAUUAGAUCAUACUUGUUUGUUUUCCUAUUAGGCAUGUGUAGCACAUACACACAUAAACCAUCUUAUAUUGAUAAGGUAAAAAAGUAGACAGAUACAUUCAUCAACAAGUUAACUCUAGUUGUAGAUUACCGGUAAUAGAGUUACAUGGGAACUGCAGUUCCUAAAUAUUGGCCAAAUCGCUUCAUUUUUAAUGUUAAAUGAUAUUUCCCAUUGUAUUGCUUGAACAACAACAACAACAACAACAACAACCCCUCGCUCUCUCUCUCUAUGAUUUCGAACCACCUUUUAAAACUCCUGGAUUGACCUGUCUAUACCAUGCAUGAUGAUUCACUUAAGCCUUUCACUCCUAUGUAACUGUAGUAGACUCUACCAUGCAUUGAUAUGGAUGUGUCCAUUAUGGUCUACAACAGUGAAAGGGUUAAAUCACCAAACUUUAUGUUGAUGUAUGAAGUCGAGGUAUAUCAAACUAUUAUUAUUAUUUUUUAUAGAUAUUUGAAACAAUCCCAUUUAUCUAAUGUAAUACUGUGGUUCAAUUACAUGGAGAUAGUAAAUUCUUCAGUUUGUAUAUCAAUUCUGAAUAUGUGUCCAGAAUUUACUAAAUGAAGAAAAACACAUAAAUAUGAACUUUUCUGAUUAUAAUACCAGGAAUAUAAGAACAAAACUUUGUAAACAGAUCUCCAGGGUUUUCUUAUCUAUUCGUACAAUAAUAUAUAAAUAUGCUAUGUCAAUCACCUUAAUAUAACUGUAUGCUAUAGGGCCCAAUAAGUACUAUGUAUAUCCUUCACUGUGUGUAUUGAAUUCCACAUAACUGGGAUUUUUCUUUGUAUUUGUAAUAUGUCUGUUGCAAUAUCUCGGCUAUUUACUUCUUAUUAAUUUUCACUGUUAAAUCAUUUGCAUUCUCAAACAUGCAUUUUUUAUAAUAAACCGUUGACUUAU